GCCAGGGUGUUGUGGAGAGUGACCGCGGCCAGUGGGACCUUAAGCGGCGCGGACAGUGGCGCGGAGGGGCGGAGGGUGGCUGCCAUGUGAGGUGGCGGUCGCGAGGUCCGGGGAGUGCGAGUCGCGAGUCGGUCGCCGGUCUGGGGGUUGUCGCGGUGUCCCGUUAGAGAUGUACCCCGCAGGGACUCGCUCGGGCUUGCCGACCGAUCGAGCGGGCUCCCGCGAGGCCAUGUCGCCGAUCAUAUGAUAAAUGUAGAACCCGCUUUAUGGUUUUAGUUUUUCCCCCUUUUUCCGUUCGGCCCUCUCGGAGACCGUCGCGCCGGUCUUUCUUCGGCGGUGCCCUCUUUCCGAUCUCGGGUCUCGGCCGGUUCGCGCGUCGCUGGCACGCCGAGGUCGCGCGGAUGUGCCCGGGAAGACGCAGCGGGAGGUGAGAGCGCGCGCGCUCGCCUAGAGAGACGAUAAUGAGUGAUAUGACUAGCGUCGAGCAGCAGCAAUACGUGGUGACCGGUGGGGGUGGCGGCGGAGGCGGCGCCGCGUCGCCCAAGCAUCACUGCAAGGACUGCGGGCUCUACUUCGAGAGCGACAAGAGCCUCGAGGUCCACCUCAGGUACCACCAGGAGAACCUGCUCAGCCAGUGGGCCACUCAGGCGCAACAGGAGGAGAGCAACAACAACAACAGCAAGGCCGGCAACCACAACAGCCACGUGGGGCCGGUCAAACGGGACAGCGUCACGGCGCCGGCGGACUCGAGCGAGCCGUCCUCUAGACCGCCCUCGGAAGGACCUCCUGGACCGACUUCCGUGCAACAGCAGCAGCAGCAGCAGCAGCCCAUUUCGGGGCAGCAAUCGUCUCAACAGGGAUAUAACCACUUUCAAGCUCCGAUGUUCAGCGAGAGCGGAUACUUCAUGCAAAACGAGCCACCCUAUAUCCUGCCGCACGCGUACUCCCCUCCCAGGGAGGAGAGUCAGAACGGCAAUUAUACGAGGUAUCACCCGUACCAACACCAGCGGCAUUAUCCGCCCGAACGGGCUAACUCGGUCAGCUCGACCAGCCCCAGGAGUCCGCUACAGUGCGACAAGUGCGGCGCGGUGUACGACGACGCCAAUCAGCUGACGGAGCACGUCCGGACGAGCCAUCCUUCCUCGCCGGGGUCCUACUCGGGUCAGGGGUCGUAUCGGCAAAUCGGAACCAGUCCGCCUCAGCAGGGUCAGCAGCAACAACAGGCGCAGCAACAGUCGCAAAUGCAUUCUUCGCCACCUCACCCUGGGCAGCAGCAGCAGCAGCAGCAGCAGCAGACGCAGACGCAGCAACAGCAGCAGCAAGCGUCGUCGCAACAGCAGCAGCAGCAGCAGCAGCAAACCGGCUAUGACUACAAUGGGUCGCAGGUGGUCAAGUCGGAGGUGAAACAGGAACCGGAAGAACAGGCGGAGAUCCUCGACCUGGACUCGCACAAGUUGCAGACGCACAGGUAUGAGGAGGAGUUGAUGAGACUGCAUCAACAGCAGCAGGAGAUGCAAAUGCAGCUGCAUCAGCAGCAGCAGCAACAGGCGAUGCAGCAGCAUCAGCAACGCGGGGGACCCCACUCGGGCCAGUUCCUGAGGUCGCAGCACAUCCCCGUGGAGCCGCCCAGGCAUCCGGGCUCGCCGAUAAUUAGCAGCACCCAGCAGAUGCCGAGUCAUCAGAUUCCCGGGGGAUUGCUGCAACAGCCCCCGAAACCGCCCCCUCUGGCUAACCAGUCGUGGAAGAGCAACGAGGCGCGAAGACCAAAGACCUACAACUGUACCGCAUGCAACAAGUGGUUCACCAGCUCGGGCCAUCUGAAAAGGCACUAUAACACGACGUUGCACAAGAACGCAGUGAAACAGAGCAAUCAACCGGACCCUGCGAAUUUGCCGAUCAGUGCCCACCACCACCCGGGACGGGACGCCGUCUCGAGCUCCGGAAGCAGGGCGCCGCCGGUGAGGUCACCGGAGUUAUCAUCGUCGGGGAGUCCCCCAAACUUGAUGGCAGGUCCCUCGGGCGAGGCGGCGAGGGGCCUGCUGCACACGCCCACCCUUUACGCCAACAGCAAUUCCAGCAGCAGCAGCAGCGAGUCUUCGGGAACCCUAGCCCAGCAGCAGCAGCAGCAGCAGCAGCAGCAGCAAACGGCUUCGGCGAUCCACUUGGGGUCCAGCAUGGUGUCCCUCAAUUCCCCGGUCCAGUCGCCAAUGGGCCACCACCAAAUGGGUUCGCCAUCGCCUCAGCUGGGACACCACCUACCAAUGGGUUCGCCCUCCCAAAUGGGGCCCCACCACCCCAUGAAUUCGCCCAUCUCGCCCAUGCCGGCGGCGGUCCACCUGAGUUCACCUUCCCCAAUGGGCUCCCACCCGCACCACAUGACUUCGCCAUCGCCAAUAAUGCCGGCGCCAAUGAAUUCGCCGCCGAUGGGGGCUUCUACGAUGCCUCAUCAGCCGUACCCAAACGCCUUGCCCCCCCACGUUAUAACUACUACCAGCAUCCCGGGCCUGCUGGAGUCUAUCACCAACCAGCUAACUACUAUUGGUAACGAGCUACCUGGCCAGCAACACCCCCAGCAGCAGCAACAACAGCAGCAGCAGCAGCAGGUGCAGCACCAGCAGCAGAGCCAACACCAGCAGCAGCAGCUACAGCAGAGCCAGGACAUGUUGCCCGGGUUCGGGACUUUUAGCAACCACCAAAGGCCCCUGCCGAGCUUCACUCAGUUCGCCAUCACUGGUUUCCUGGUAGGGCACAAUCAGCCCGUUAACGUGGGGGGGCUAAGUCACGAGGAGAACCUUCCUCAGGACAGAUCCUUCGACUCACCCGGAUCCACGUACGAUCCGUACAGGGGUUCGCCACCCAAGUACGACUCCCUCGCCGGUAUGGAGGUCAUGCAGGGCACCGACGGCAUGAUCAUCAAGCACUACGAGGUAAGCAAUGAUCAGCCGAGGAGUGACCAGCUCGAGGCCAACAACAACUUGCCCCGCGCAAAGGAGGAGCGCAAUCCCAACGCCGGGAAGGCCGCGCCUAAGGACGACAAAAAGUCCCAGGUCGUUCUUACCAAGGAACAUCAGGUGACGAGCACCAACACCGGCUCGCAUUACAUCUCCCAGGACGGCUUCCACAAGUGCAUCGAGUGCGACAAGGUCUUCAACAAGGCCUGCUACUUGACGCAACACAACAAGAGCUUCCACUCUGGCGACAAGCCGUUCAAAUGCAAUCAGUGCGGCAAGAGGUUUCCUCUCGAGUACCUGCACGCCGAGCACCUCCAAAAGCAUGCCGGGGACAAGCCCUACAAGUGCGAGAUCUGCCCGAAACAGUUCAACCACAAGACGGACCUCAGGCGGCACAUGUGCCUCCACACUGGCGAAAAGCCGUACGCCUGUGAUAAUUGCGGCAAGGGAUUCAUCAGGAAGGACCAUAUGAUGAAGCACCUGGAAACGCACAAGAAGAAGUCCAACAACCACAACGUCCACCUCAGGGCGUAACGCGACACCGAGGUCCUGGCGCCUCGCGGCUACCAGGACGAAGGACGACGCUUCCUGCGUCUCGAGGCUCGCCACGCUCGAGUUAUGUGUAUAUUUAUUGGACGCGCCUCCGAAUCCAAUACCGAUCGUCGUGCCAAUCGACUCUUCAGCAUUUCUUGUCUCCGUCACUUUCCGCGCGGAUUUUUGCCGACCCGCGACCCCGCGCGGUCAGGCCGACCCGGCGUCAUCGCGCGAGGUCGCCGUUGUUGAUUCGUGUUUGCUCAACGGUAUUUAUUUUCCUCUUGCCAGAGGCCGAACGCGCUACUUCACUAGGUUCUUCCCCAUUUUUUUUUCCUCUCUCUCCCUCUCUCUCCGCCGAUCCGAUUCGUAGUCGUCGACUAGACUUGCGCUCUCUAGAAGGUCCGUUCGAAGCCGAUGGUUUUCUAUUCGUCACGAAUUGCGCGAAAUGUUGACCCAUAUAUAAAUAUAUAUAUUAUAUAUGUUGUACAUGAGACGGACAGGUCGUGCGAACUUCCGAGUCCCUUAUACGUUUCUUUAAUUAGAGGUUAAAUUAUGUUAAAUUACGUACGUUGAAUUACUUCAUAUCACAUGUUCCACUUGUCUUCUAGCAAGCAAUUGUACAUAUAUAUACUAUUGAGUUAUUGAACCGCUGGUUCGCUAGCAAUCGGCUGUUUCGUUGAAACCGAAGAAUAAUCGAUUUGGGGUCGGUUCAUUAUUAAAUUUCUUUUUGUCUAUUUUUUUUUUCUCUGUCGUGGACCAAACGUCAGGCGCGCGUAUCGCAUUCACGUGGGAUCGUUGUUAAUUUAGUACAAUUAGAUUAAAUUUAAUUAGUGACGCGAGCUACGUUAAGAGUGGCACUUUUUGAACGGACCGUUUAGAAAUUCUUUCGUCGUAUUUUUCUUCGAGUUUUUUUUUUCUUUUCUUUCCCCUUUCAUGUAUUUUCAUUUUUUCCUGUUUAUUUAAUGAGACUGUCAUUUUGAAUUGCGCGCGUAUUUAUUAGACAAGACUUGGAAUCCAUUCCAUAGAACGCGUUUCCGCAGUUAUUUCCUUUCCGAUCUCGCGGCGAUCGUCCGCGACUAUUUAUUUCCGGACCUAGAUCAGGAACCGCGCGGUUCUCUGUCGACACUUCCGGUUCUCCGAACGCCACGUUGUCCUUAGUUCGACACUGGAGAAAGUCGAGGGCACUUCCUCGAGGACACCCUCGAAUUCGCCCGAAGAAAAAGAGGUGUCCGAUCGAUGGCGACGCCCAGCGUCGGACCACCCCGAGGCGUCGUCGGGUCGGCAUUGAAACUCGCGACGUCCAAAGUCGACCUUCGAAAAGCUCGGCUUGACUUUGCACGUCGCAAUUCUUUCUUUAUAUACAUAUAUAAUUAAUCUUUUUUUCACGUUUUUCCCAUUACAUCUUCCCGGAUAAUUAAACGAAGAGGAUCAGUCUUUUUUGCCAUUAAUGGCGAAAAAAGAAGCCUCCGCCAGAAAUGGAACGAGAGUUUUAUUUAACGUCCUCGCGGGACGCUCGACGGUAAACGUUCGAUUAAAUGUUGAAGGGAAGAACGACGAGAAAGAAAAGAAACUCCUUGUCGAGAUUUUCUUCCUUUUUUUGUUAUUUCAAAUUUUGGCCACUUCAUCUUUCGGUCCGCCCGACGACGCCCGGAGAUAAGAGAGAGGGGAUGCGGUGUCCAAGGAAAGGGUUGACAACUCCGAAGCUUAUCAAUUGUACAAAAUCGACUAAAUGUGUACAGGGCGCGCCAUUAUUGUAAUUAACGACUUAAUCUCGACGACGCUAGGAAUGCGAAUGCGAAUGCGAAUCCUUAAUCAUAAUACUCGUAUUUUAUAGUAUAUAUAUAUAUAAACACAUAUUAUAUAUAUACAUAGGCACGCAGGCAGACACGCGCAUCCUUAUCUCGUCGGAAAUAAGAGUAGGAAGGACUUGCAUCCCGAGUAUCACUCCGCGGAGGAAGGGAUUCGAAGCGAUUCCGCAUGUUUUACGACGAAGGCAGCCAUUAAGUCGAGUCCGAUUAACCCCUUACCCCAUGUUGUAUCGUUCAUGUCAGUUCCUCCGUACGAUGGAAGGAACGCCGAUGUUUAUAUACCAAGGGACGAGGAACAAUUGUUCCAACGAAUAUAUGAAAGGACCCGGGGAUCACCCUCUGUGAUUCGGUGACCCCGGUGUCGCCACGUAUACAUCCCUUCUCGAAGAAUAAAUUAAUUUUUCAUAA